GGAGAGGGGGGGAAAAUUGCAAGUGCCAUGCGGGGCAGCUGGCAACGCUCCCGGCUGCUGGAAAAAUCUGCACGGCCGGGAGAGGAAAAGUGCAGUUUGGGCCUGGGAAGCGCAAAGGGAGAUUAGAGCGAGAGUCAGUAAUGAUGAAUGGCUCCGACCUCGCCAGCACGACGGCAUCCAGUCCCACGUCCAAAGAGGACCAAGUAGUGAACGGCCACGAUGAGAAGGAAAACAACCCCUUUGCAGAGUACAUGUGGAUGGAGAACGAAGAAGAUUUCAACAGACAGGUGGAGGAGGAGCUGCAGGAGCAGGAGUUUCUCGACCGCUGCUUCCAGGAGAUGCUGGAGGAGGAAGACCAGGACUGGUUCAUUCCAUCACGUGACCUGCCCCAGGGCAUGGGGCAGCUGCAGCAGCAGCUCAACGGGCUCUCGGUUGGCGACAGCCACGGGUCCGAGGACAUUCUGAGCAAAAGCAACUUGAAUCCGGAUGCCAAGGAGUUUGUGCCCGGCGUGAAGUACUGACCCCCGAGGCGGGCUCCGAAAGACUGUGUCCCCACGCCGGGGGGGACGGAGGGAGGGGGUCGGCCCCCAGCUGGACUCUGCACCAGAGCAGAGUUGCUGCAACGUGGCAAAAUCUUGCUCUACGCUUCAAGUACCUUUUUUUUUUUCCUUUUUUCCUCUCCUAUUCCUUUUUUCUGUUUUUUUUUUCCUUUUUUUUAAAUUCUUUUGUACUGUCUUCCCACCUCCUUUUGGCAGUUUUUGCUUUCUAGGACUCGCAGCCCUUAAGCCUGUCCUAGAGUCCAACACUCCCCCCACCCCCUGCCAGCUUCAGAGGCCCAUUUUGAUGCGCGCUUCAAACCUGCUUAGUGGAAAAGUCAUGUUUUCUUGUUUAAGUAGAAUCUGUAGGGAUCCCCCUGCCCGCCUGCUCCCUCCCCAGAGGCAGCGAGCCCGGGCCAGGAGCCGCGCUGGCGCUCCCCGUUUCCCUUCGACAGGAUUUCUUUCGCUAAAGGAAAGGUGAAGUGUAACAAGACUGUAAACCCCGAAGUUCCUCCAAGCAGCAGCUCUCGGCGAGGUGCUGAACGCUCGCUCCUCUGCGGGUAGACCAGGGUCCUGCCCGCUUCAGCGCUCUGCGUGGAGACGGGGCCCGUCAGGCAGCACCGCAGCCGUCCGAGGGAAGGGCUGCUCCUACAAACCCAACUUCUCCUUAAAGAAUUCUUCCCCCCGCAACUCCUGAGCUUAUCCAGCGCUACGGGCUGCGGCUGCGAGGCACCUGUACCUUCCUUUCUCACUGAAACAAACCCUGAGAAAAAGGGAAUAGAGCCCCUUGUGCGGCCCACGGCGGGGAGUCGGUGUGGCGCAGCCUCCCUGGGCGGAGGAUCCUCCGUCGGGAUGAGCCUGACCCCGAGGAGCACCCGCAGACCGAGCAGGUGACGGGCAGCGUCUUCGUGCGCAGGGCCCUUUGCCGAGGCUCCGGCGACGGGUGGCGAGAUCGGGGCCUCCGCCGGGUGAACUCGCGCUUGGGAACCUCCAGCCCCAUCGACGGGAGGUGGUUGGGCUUCAGCUCCUUAAACCCCAACCCUGGGCACUUCUGGUGUUUUAAACCCAGCGCAGAAAUCUGCCCCCCUGAGAAAGCGGGAGCUGCUGGGCGAGGUGUCCAGCCUAACACUGAAACCAGCUGCCGCCUCUCGUAGCGUGGACAGGAGCGUUCGCUCCCUCCCGCCGGUAGAUCUCACCUCCCCGCUGCACUUACUGCCAGGAUUCCCGGUUAAUUAAACAAGGAGUUAAUGGCGAGGGAGUGCGGAGCCCGCGGGGUUUGUGUGGAGGUGGGAGCUGAGGCCUGGCUGAGCUCGGCGCGGCCGCGGGGGGUUGUUGGACCAGGAACACUGAUGGCGCGGGGGGGGUUGAGCUGCUCCGUAACUCAGCAGAUCUCCCGGCUCUGGCUGCCCAGCUUAAAACCAGCACUAAACCCGCACGCUACCGCAGCUAGAGCCGGCAGCCUGUUGAAGGUGCCUGGCUUAAGUAUUCCUGCUCAGAGAUAAGGCUUGGUUUGGGUUGAAUUCUCCUGUUUUCUGGUACGAGCCGUGCUCAGGCUUUGCAGGAUGUAACCCGGGACAUGGGGAAGGGCAAAAUUCUGUAGCAGUAGCACAGUUUCCCCCCUCCCUGCCCUUUCUCUGGUUUCUAUUUGAUUUCUUACCACAAAAAAGCCCCAACAAACCAACCACCCCCGCCCUCUGACAUGCUGUAAAUUUCAGACAAUGCAUUAUUAAAAAUAAACUUUUUUUGGAACUGAGCGGUGCUUUAAGCUCAGAGGCA